CGCCCGCAACCCCCCGGACCGCAUUCUUCUUCUCUUCUCUCAAUUCCGUGACUGCCAGCUUUCUUUCUCUCUGCAGUUUGUCUCUUUCGGUGGAUUCUUCGCUCCCUCUAUUCACCAUGCAGCUGUGGCACUCUCUUCUCCAGCUGUCUGUGCUGGCCUCAACGGCUCUGCCGACCGCUGCUGCUGCUUCCGCGUGGGGAUACACUGAUGCCACCGUGUCAGUUCACACCAAAGGCGCCGGGGUCGGCGCCAGCUUCAAAAAAGUGAUUCCCGACAACAAAGCUCUCUCCAAGCCAGUCUCCCUCGGAUCCGCCGACACUUUGAAGGUGACCUUGACAGCCCAGGAAGGCCGUACCGCCAAACGCGCGCACCAAGUCUUUCUCUUCCUUCAAGACCCUGAGACCGGAUUGGAUAUUGCAUACCCCUUCAGCGUGAAGGAGAAUGGCAAAUCUCGAAUUGAGUUGACCCAGAAAGAUCUGCCCGUCCAAUUUCUCUCUGUCUCCGAACCCCUCGAUGCGCGACUCCUGAUCGGAUCCUUUGGCGAGGCCGACGCUUACGAUGGAACUGCUUUCAAGCUGACGGUGGCCCGCAACCCCAACGAGCCGGUUCCCACCCUCGAGGUGUCCCGCUACGGGAAGCUUCCGGAAAUCCACCAUAUCUUCAAGACGGAUGCUCAGAGUCCUCCGUUGGUCAUCACCUUGGUCUUCCUCGCUCUGGUGCUCGCGGCGCUUCCUGUCCUUGGCGGAGUCUGGUUGGUUCUCGGUGUCAACCUGAACCACCUUCCUACUGCCUUCAAGUCGGCACCCCUCCCUCACGCUGUCUUCCUCGGCUCGCUCUUUGCCAUUCAAGGCAUCUUCUUCUUGUACUAUACUUCAUGGAACCUCUUCCAGGUCCUUCCGGCAGUUGCAGUGGCUGGUACCGUCGCAUUUAUCAGCGGCAGCCGUGCGCUUGGAGAGGUCCAGGGCAGACGGCUCGCCGGUCUGCGGUAAAUCACUGCGUGUGGGUGGGGAUGGUCUAUGUGCUGGCGAGUAUCCGGGGUCGUCUAGUACGGUAAGGGUGUAAAAAGGACCAUAGCUCGUACAAUUCCGCAACCAAUAUAUCCGUGGGAUGAGACCCAG